AUGAAGUUCUUCGCCCUUGCCGCCGCGGCUCUCGCCGCGGUCACCUCGGUGGCUGCCCGCCCCGACAUCCAGCCCGUCUCUGAGCUCGAGUCGCGUGGCCAGAACAUCGACCCACGCUUCUUCGGCUUCCUCUGGGGCAACACCAAGUGCCUCGGAGCCAAGUCGGUCGAGUGCUCCAAGAAGGGUAUGGCCCUCGACUCCAAGACCUGCCAGUGCACCGGUGGCUCGUGGAAGCCCGGAAACUGGUGGGAGCAGGAGACCGACUGCGGCGACAACAACGCCAUUCUCAACUGCUGGUCCAAGGGAUACACCUGUGACAAGCGUUGCCAGUGUCAGAAGCCCCCCACCGUCGUCAACAAGUGCACCGAUCUCCACGCCAUCUGCAAGUGUGCCGGUAAGGGUAUGGCUGUCAACUCCGACUGCUCGUGCCGCAAGACCUGUAACUGCUGGGACCAGUGGGCAUGCUGCAAGAAGGGCGGCAAGCUCGACGAGAACUGCAAGUGUGUCGUUCCCUCCAAGUCUGGUGGUGACAAGCCUGGCAAGCCCGGCCACGGCUGGUGGCCCUGGAAGCGUGACGCUCUCUGCGGCACCGAGACUGCUUGCCCCCUCUUCGACGGCUCCAGCGAGUACGAGUGCCUCGACACCCAGACCCACCUCGAGUCCUGCGGCGGCUGCGCUUCCGAGGGCACUGGCCGUGACUGCACCACCAUCGCUGGCGCUGCCGAUGUUGCUUGCGUUGCUGGCGAGUGCGUCGUCUCGAAGUGCCUCCCCGGCUUCCAGUCGAACUCGACCUCGACAUGUAUCCCCCGCCUCUCGGCUCAGCUCUAA